AUGUCCACAGAAAUGGACCUCGACCCCCCAAACCCAACAACCAACCCGGAACCCCCCUCCUCAACACCAACCGCCACAUCACGAACUCGCAUCCUCACCACCACCACUCUCCGACACCCCCCUUGGUCCUACAUCCACCUCACAGUCACCAAACCGCCAUCACCACCACCCCCAGAACAGUCACAAUCACAACCCCAGGAACAACAACCUCUCGACGCCCUCCAACUCCGUGCCUACCUAACCGCCGCUCUCCGGCAAUUCCUAGGUGACACGGGCGCCGCCAUUCCCGUGGAUAUUCUAGCCGUUGGGAAUGAUACCGACAACGACCAUGGCCCAACAAGGCGAAAGGCAGGAGGAGGAGGAGGGGAAGCGUGGGUACGAGUACCGCGGGAGGAUUUGGCACGGUUCGUGGCGGGGGUUACGGCGUUUUCGGGGGUAGGAGCGGGAGCAGGAGGAGGGGAGAGGAUGGUUUUGGGGGUGAAGGCAUGUGGGGAUUGGUUGGGGAGUUUGGUGGGUAGGGAUGGGGAGGAGGGGGUAUGGGCGGAUUGA